AUGUCUUCUCCUCAUUGUAAGUCAUUCAUUUCGUCUUUCUUUUAUCAACUAUUUUUCUUCUUUUUUUUUCUUCCGUUCCUAAUGUCCUCUGAUCCUCUUUUUUAUUCAUUUUUUUCUAUUUCUCUCUUCCUUUCUAUCGAUUUUAUUCAUUAUUCUUUUCUUUUCUUUAUUUUUUUCUUUUUUUUUUUCCGUUUUUCCGAAAUUUUCUUUCUUUUUAUUCUUUGUUUAAUUUUGAUUUACUUUUCUGGUUUAUUUUCCUUUUUCUUUUUCAUCAAGUUUCAAUUCAUUUUCUUCUUCUUCUUCUUCUUCUUCUUCUUCUUCUUCUUCUUCUUCUGUUUCUUCUUCUCUUCACUUUUAUCUUUGUCGUUUUUCUUCAUUUUUCUACCUUUCCUUCUUUUUCUUCUUCGUCAUCGACUCAUCUCUUUUUAUCCUCCUUUUUCUUCUUCUUUUUCUUCUCUUUCUUCUUCUUCUUCUUCUCUUUACUUUUAUCGUUGUCGUGUUUCUUCAUGUUUUCUACCUUUUUUCUUCUUUUUCUUCUUCGCCUUCUACUCUUCUCUUUUUCUCCUUUUUUCUCCUUUAUUAAUCUUUUUUUUUUUUUCUUCUUCUUCUUCUUCUUCUUCUUCUUCUUCGUCGCCGACGUCAUCAUCUCUCAAUCUCUUUUAUUUCCUGUAUAUUUUUUCUUUUACCUCAUUAUCUCAAUCUUUAGCCUUGUACAUUUUGUUUUCUUUUCUGUUACCUUACUUUCUCAUUCUCUAUUUUUUCAUGUAUUUUCUUCAUUUCUUUAACCUCACUAUCUCAGUCUUUAUUCUUUAUGUAUUUUUCUUUUAUUUUACCUCACUUUCAAACCUUUAUUUCUUCAGGAAUUUUCUUGAAUUCUUUUUACCUCACUGUCACAGUCUUUAUUCUUUCAUGUAUUUCUUUUCUUUUAUUUCACUACCUCAAUAUUUAUUUCUUCAUUUAACAUCUUUUCUUUUUAUCUCAAUUUCUCCUAGGAUAGCUUCUUCUUGGUACAUUAUUUCUUUCUCCCAGAUUUUCUCUCUCUCUCUCUCUCUCUCUCUCUCUCUCUCUCUUCGUCUAUCUUUCGUUUAUUUACCUCACUUUUCUCAUAAUAUCUUUUUCUUCAUUGAUUUGUCUUCUACCUCACUUUCCCGUUCAGUCUCUCUUCUUUUUUUUCCAUAUAAUCCUCUUAUCUCUUAUCUCUCGUUUUCCCGCAAUUUCUUUUCUUAUACAUGUUUCUCUUUCUUCUUUUAA